UUCAUGGACCGGGUCCAAGGCUGACGAUGAUAUCAGGAUUCAGGCCCCGCAUCGCGCCCGCUCAAAACCCCUCCCCGCUCCGUCGUCCCUACACCUCCCCUCCUCCACUCCGCCGCCUCGAACCCGCGCCCGAGCACGGCGGCGCGGCGCGACCUGCCAAACCCUUACCGGAGCAAGUCUCCGGCGGACGUCGGUGGCGGGCUCUCAAGCUCCGACGACGUGGGCUUCCGCCGAUGAGCUUCAGGACCGAGGCUAGCGGCGGCCUCUUCUCGGCGCUGCGCCGGUCGCUCCUCCACCAGCAUCAGCAGUGCCGGCGCAUAACCAAGGUCCGCCUCAAGUGGGUCAAGAACCGGAGCCUCGACCACGUGAUCGACACCGAGACCGACCUCAAGGCCGCCUGCCUCCUCAAGGACGCCAUCAAGCGGUCCUCCACCGGGUUCCUGACCGCGAAGUCGGUCGCCGAUUGGCAGAAGGCCCUCGGCCUCACCGUCCCCGUUCUCAGGUUCUUGCGCAGGUAUCCUACGCUCUUUCAUGAAUUCCCGCAUGCCCGGUACGCGGGUUUGCCUUGUUUUAAGUUGACAGACGCUGCUCUGCUGUUGGACUCACAAGAGAAGAGCAUACACCAGAAUCAUGAACAUGACACUGUGGAGAGGCUCUCUAAAGUGCUCAUGAUGACGAAGACCAAGACCGUGCCGUUGCAAUCCUUGAUUCCGUUGAAAUGGGAUCUGGGUUUGCCUGAUAACUUCAUGAAAACGUUGAUUCCAAAUCACCCGGAUCAUUUUCGAUUCGUUAAGGCUGUGAGUGGCGACGCGUACUUGAAGCUCGUGAAUUGGCCCGAGAGUUAUGCGGUCUCGGCAUUGGAGAAGAGAAAUGAAAGUAAUGAGGUAGGGGGUGAAUAUAGGCAGUUUAAGAGGGGACAAACAGCCCUGGCAUUCCCCAUGAAUUUUCCCAGGGGAUAUGGUGCACAGAAGAAGGUGAAAGCAUGGAUGGAGGAGUUCCAGAAGUUGCCAUAUAUUUCUCCAUACGAAGAUUCUAGGCAUAUCGAUCCGAGCAGCGAUCUCAUGGAGAAGCGAGUUGUUGGGGUUUUGCACGAGAUCUUGAGCUUGACCAUCCAUAAGAAGACUAAGAGGAACUACUUAAGGAGCUUGAGAGAAGAACUAAAUCUUCCUCAUAAGUUUACACGAAUAUUUACUAGGUAUCCUGGGGUAUUCUACCUCUCUUUGAAGUGUAAGACGACUACAGUUGCUCUUCGGGAAGGGUACCGGAGAGGUAAACUGGUGGAUCCACAUCCCCUUGUCCGCCUAAGAGAGAAGUUUUAUCAUGUGAUGAGAACUGGGUUAAUUUACCGUGGUAAAGGGCUAGGUAUGAUACCCCCGGAAGAAAUCUUGCUUGACGAUGUGGAGGAUGAGACAGAGCAAGAAGAAUCAGAGGAGGAAGAACUUGGCACAAGUGAAGGAUGCUACGAGGAAACAUCAGAGAUGGAUGAUGAAUCUGAUGGCCAAGAGUGAUUUCAAAGAAAAAUGAGAAGGACAAACGUGCAGAGCAAAACAAGAAGAAUUUUGGGCAUUGGCUGCUAUGGCAGUUAAGAGAACCGGUAUUUGAUACGAUUGUAUUAACAAUAAUAUAUUACCAGUAUAAGUAUUUUGACUUCUAUUGCUGGAGCCUGUAUAAGAGUUAUGAAAGUAUAUUCCUAUUUAGCGGUGAA